ACGGGACUUUUAUUAUGGUGUGGUGUUGUGACGUCACGCCUGCGCUGUAGCGGUUCUGCGGAAGAAAGGUUUGUGGAGAAAGUGUUUGAAUCGAUAUAAACAGGCGAUGUGUAAAUGAUUGGUGACUGCAGCAUCGUAACGCUUUGUCUACCGCUAGCGCACGUUAUUUCUGUGAGCACACUGAAUCAGUUCAUCACUAACACGCAUUCAGCGACUCCGAGUCAACUGAGUCAACGGUUCUGUGUUCGGAGUCGCUCGAGUCACCAGACCACCUCAACAGCACAGCGCGUACAAACCAGCCGUGAACAUAUUACCUGUAUUCUCCAGAGAUGUAGUUUGUGUUGAUUCUCUCUCGAACAGGACAAGCUGAGAGACACACGGGUGAAGAUGAUGGGUAUUAAAGAGGAGACUGUAGACUUCAGGAUUGAAGAGGUGUUCAGUCUGAGACACGAAGACGCGGAGGAACUCACAGCUGUGUGCAGGAAUCCUUCAAAGCUGGUCCACUGCUUGAUUUGCCAUAAGCCCCAGACCAAAAUUGAACACCAUCUAAGCUAUAUGUGCUUGCGGGAUGCGGAGGAUGGCUGUAUCCAGCAAGAAGUCUCCAGGGCCAAGGAGUCACAAGAGACGUGGACAAGAGAGGGGAGGAUUAUGAAUAUUUCUGAGGUCAAGAAAUUGGUCAGGGAGGACCCGUCUUGUGACUCCUUGGCAGAGUACUUCCGGUCAAAGGGAUUCCUCCUCAGAGAAGAGCGUGACAGUGCUGCCAUCCAGGAGUCUGAAAUACUUGCUCUCGCUGAGGAGGACAUGGGUGAGGUGUCCAACCGCCUCAGCCAACAGAAAGGGGUCCCUGCAAAGACCAAGACGGUCUUCCGGAGCUUCUGCCUCGCCACAAUGAUGUGGGUCCAUCACCUGGGUCCUACGAGCAUUAAAGAGUUCAAGGUCCAGGAAUGGAACGACAGGGCGGCAGAGGGAGAUGGAGUCGUCGUAAAGCUGUCCAAAGGAAGCAUAAAGUUGAACAAAAAAGAAGAACAUUGGUUGGACUGCUACUUCAAGCACAUCCGGCCAGAAUAUUUAAAGGCUCAACCUCCGAAGGGAGACGACAGGGACCGGUUCUUCCUGGGAGCUUCAGGACUUCCUCUUUGUAACCCAACAGCCGAUGUGCACCGACUGCGAGAAAAGUACGUCAAGAGUCUGCAGGAGAGACCUACGCCACCAGCAGAGCCACAGGCAGGAAAGGUGGUCAAUCCACGCCGGCCAACUGCUGAGGACGAGCCACCACAGGUGCUGGAGAGGACAUCUCCACCUACUCCAGUGGUGCAGCUCCCAACUCCGAGGUUUUGGGGAGCUUUUGAAGACCUGUUUCCCGUUACCCUUCACGGGAAGCCUCCGACGAAGGUGCAGGCAGCAGAGGCAGGAUUUGAGGACCGCAGCUACUACCACUACUGGAGGAGGCUUCAGUACAAGCUGCGGGUACAGUAUACUCUUGAGCAAUCCAUUGACAGGACUGGCCAAAAACCCCCGGCGUCUCGUGUCCAGCGUGCCAUUGCCAAGGAGACCAGGUGGACCACUAAUGUGCCAUCCGUGGACAGUGUUCUGCUGGCGUGGGUGCCCUGCCAGGAACUGUGUCCUGUCGCAAAUGACCCUCUCCUCAUUGCUUCCGUGGUCCAUCAGAAGUGGAAAGGGCUGGCCAUUAAGCACUUCGAGGGGAAAGGCAAAGGGGUCAUCGCCACCAUGGAGUUCCAGAGGAACCAGCAAAAAUGA